AUGGUCAGUGGGUCAAUGAGCGCUCGCUGCGUCGCCCCGCAGGCCGGGCGCGCCGCAUGCCCCCGGCUGUGGGCGAGCGAUGCGCGUCCGCGAGCGAACGUGCGCGCCCACGCGGCCCCGAGCAAGGGCCAGAAGCCGCAGCUCUUGUUCGGUGUGAUGCCUCCGCAGCCCCCAGCGAAGGUUCCGCCAGCCUACGUCGCAGCGCCGGUCGCCAUCGGAGCGAUUGUGCUCGUCGUGAAGCUCGUGAAGUGGCUGCGGAGGGGCAGCGGGUCGGCUUCCGCGCUCCAGGAGAGGGGCUUGCAAUCGGAAAACAACGGCCAGGUGAUGGUCGACGAUACGUUCUACCAGAAGCGGCUGAAGAGCGUGGGGAAGAUCAAGUGGGAGGGCGUCUCUGAGGCAGACAUGAUCGCAGCGCGCGAGCGGCGACGCGCGCAGCUCGAGGCCGAGGGCGCGAACCUCAACCUGGAGGAGAUCGACAUUCCGACGGACCACCCGUUUUUGACGCGGACGGAGGUGUCUCAGGAGGAGCAGGACGAGAUCCAACAGCGGCUCUUGGAACAGGCGCGCCGGAUGGCGGACGACGGGGGCGUGCGCCGCAGACGCCCGACGCCCGCGCCGAAGAACGUCGGCCCGCCCGGCGGCGACCUCGACCUGCCGGACCCCAACUGA